UUUUCGCAAUUGGAGUAAUAUUUUCUCCAGUAAUCACUGCAAAUUUCGCAAUCAGAGCGCAAAUUGAUUCUUGAGAAUGGCGUUAAUGGCUGCUGCCCCAUGGAACAGAGGAGCGUUGGAACAAAUUUCGAUUUCCCCUCCUUCAAUUUGUUCUGGAAUCGCUUCUAGCUUUACCAAUCAUGCAUUUUGUGGUGCCCAAAGCGUCCCCUUAUUUACCAGGAGCGGCCCGAGAAAGAAGGGCCUCGUCGUGGUUCGGGCCAUGUCCGCUACAUUUGGGGCCCGAAUGGAGGAAAGCGUCAGGAAGACUGUUACUGAAAACCCUGUUGUUGUCUAUUCCAAGACUUGGUGCUCGUACUCUUCUGAGGUGAAAUCUCUGUUUAAGAGGCUUGGUGUGGAGCCGCUUGUGAUCGAGUUGGAUCAAUUAGGUCCCCAGGGACCACAACUGCAGAAGACUCUGCUAAGGCUGACUGGACAACACACUGUUCCUAAUAUAUUCAUAGGGGGCAAACAUAUCGGUGGUUGUACAGAUACCAUCAAGAUUCACAGAAAAGGGGAGCUCCAGCCUUUGCUAUUAGAAGCUGGUGCGAUGAAGUUGAAGAGUUAGUUUGUUGGAUUUAUUCAUCAGAUGAAAAUCGGGCUAAUUUAACAGUCAGUCGGUAUGUUUACUCAUCCCAUCUCUUACUAGAAAGCUUGGGAUAUAUGGCUAAUUGGUUAUGGGCAUAAAUAUAUUAGCAUUCAAAUUCGUCUAGUCUUCUUUGUACAUUGUUCCUAUAAUUUGUGCGUGUUCUUGUUUGCCUACCAUCACUUCAUUCAGAUGGAACAGUUUCAAGAAACUAAUUAUGCUGUAGAUGCAUACAAAUGUCAUUGAACCUCUUCAUCUCUCUGUUAUAUGUAGCACCUGUUUUGAUCACAUUGUAGUACAAAUGCUAUCCUUUCGAAUAAUUGCGUGGUGCAUUAUACAACUAAUGAAAAUACAAUUAUACUUA